AAGCGCGCGGCGACUAAGCGCCGCGCGCCAGGAAUACUGGGGUUGAACCUUUGAUGGAGCGCCGCGAUCCGAAGCCGCGGGAAGGGCCAACAUUAAGAAACUGCUUUUUCGGCCAAGUUGCUGUUUAAAUUUUUUAGACAGAAGAUGAUCAGUUCAUUUUCUUAUUUUGAACAAGAAGAAGUGACGUGGCUCAUGGACCUACUGAAAAACUGGAUGUAUCCAAAUAAUUAUCUAGGGAUUUUCACAGACUAUACAGUGUACCUCUUGGUGAUAUUAACACCAUUCGUAAUUCUGCUGUCACCUGUCUUAGUCAUUCUUGGAUGUAUUUACCUUUCUAAUUUUCUUCUGAAUAUUUACAAGAUAAAGAUUAAGGUAAAAGGAGAUGAUUAUCUCAGUAAGUCAUGGGACACUGGAAGGAGGGCAGUACUUUAUCUUUGGGACAUGUAUGGCACAGUGUGGCAUGGUUAUGAGGUGCACGGGAUGGAUAAAGUACCAGAAGGACCAGGGCUUGUUGUAUUUUACCAUGGAGCCUUUCCUCUAGACUAUUUCUACUUCGUAUCUAGACUCUAUUUGCAGACAGGCAGACUCUGCCAAUCAGUGGUUGAUUACCAUUUUUCCAAAAUACCAGGUAUCAAACUGUUUUAUAAAGUACAUGGCCUUACACAUGAUGGAAGAGAGGAAUGUGUUGAAAUUCUGAGAAAGGGAUACUUACUUGGAGUCUUACCAGGUGGAGCCCGAGAAGCGCUUUUUAGUGACGAAAACUACAGUCUCUUGUGGGGUAGCCGCAAAGGCUUUGCUCACGUGGCCAGAGAUGCAAAAGUGCCUAUCAUCCCUAUAUUUACAAAAAAUCUUCGGGAAGGAUACAGAACACUUGGAAAAAUAUGGCCAUUUAAGUGGCUGUAUGAACGUACCCGAUGGCCAAUUGUUCCUGUAUAUGGAGGGUUUCCAGUCAAAUUUUGCUCCUAUGUAGGAGAUCCCAUUCCUUAUGAUCCGAAUAUAACAGUUGAAGAACUAGUUGAAAAGACGAAGACUGCAAUAGAAGUUCUCAGAGAUAAACACCAAAAAAUGCCAGGCAGCAUACAAAGAGCACUGUUGGAACGAUUUUAUAAGAUUCCAAGCUAAUAGGAAAAUUCUUUUGAAAAUGUAUAUAUUUCCUCCCUAACAGUCUUGCUGUAUUUUUUUAUUUAUACAAGCUUUUCUUUUUUUGAAAAAAAAAACAUGGCUAAUGUUUUGUAUCACAGAAACUGCAUCUUUCACUCUAAGAAAAGUGCUUGAGUUGAGUUUUUGCCAGCUGUUUUGAGGGGG